UCAAUUAAUCAAUCAUACAAAACCCUCGCUUUUCACUGGAAAUUUUCCAAAAAAUUGUGAAUUUUUUUUCUUUUGGGGCAAUUCUAACUCGGAUAAUUCAAUCAAAUCCCUAAUUUUCUUCUCCUUCAAUUUCGAUUUCGGCUCUUUCGAUUUCAGCUCUGAUAAAUUUCGGCCAUGGCUUCGCAUCAGAAGAAAGAAUCCAUUGCUUUACUCUCCAUAUACGGCGACGAAGAUGACGAGGAAAUGGAAGAAGCUGAAGCCGAAGCCGAAACCGAAGCCAAAACCGAAGAAGAAGCUGAACAACAACCAUUUCAGAUACUUCAAGUGGAACAAGAACGAGGAGAAGAGUUUUCCGUAACAGAAAACCCCAGCACCAUUGUCAUACGAGAGAAUACUAGUACUACAAUUGUAGCUUCGGACUUAGUAGUAGAAGAACAAGAGCGGCAUGAGCAGCAACAACGAGUAGGAGAAGAUAAUGUUACCCCUGGCAGGGGGGUAUUUGGGGGUUUAGGAGGGUCAGCAUCCGCCACGCCGCAGGGUUCAGCUUCUUCACCUGGGCGGCGAAGGAAGGAGAGGAUAACGAUUGUGGAUUACGGGCAUGAUGAGGCCGCGAUGUCUCCUGAGCCAGAGGAAGGGGAGAUAAUGGUGGGUCUAAAUUCGAUGGAAGUGGAGGGUGCCGCACUGGUUAAUGGUAACUUUCAAGUGAAGACAGUCCAGGUGUUGACACCUGGUGACCGAGCGACUCCUCCCCAAGUAUCUGAUCCAUAUGAUCAGGCAGAGAUGGAUACGAGCAACCCUGCUGUAGUUGGAUCAGAAUCAGCCGAGGCUGCGGAUGCAGAUGUGGUUCCUUCAAAGGAGGCAGAAGAUAUUGAUCUAUUAAAUAAUUUUUUACCACGGCCACCGGAGGCUAAGUGCUCAGAUGAACUGCAAGAGAAGAUAAGUAAAUUUCUUCGAUUGAAGAAGAUUAAAAGCUAUAAUGCAGAAGUGCGCAACAGAAAAGAAUAUCGGAACCCUGACUUCUUACGGCAUGCCAUGAUAUAUCUUGACAUUGAUGAGAUUGGAUCUUGUUUUAGCAAGGAUGUCUUUGAUCCCCAUGGAUAUAAUCAAAGUGACUUUUAUGAUGAAAUAGAGCUUGAUAUGAGGCGAGAAAUGGAGAGGAAGGAGCAAGAAAGAAAGAGAAGCCCAAAAAUAGAUUUUUUGUCUGCAGGCACACAACCAGGAGCAGUUCCAACUCCCAAAAUCAAUUUGCCAAUUUCAGUUGCACCUGGAACUGGAUUGAAUACAGUAACUGCUGCGGUGGACACUUUAGCUCGGGAUGGCCGACAGAACAAGAAAUCCAAGUGGGAUAAGGUGGAUGGUGAUAGAUUUAAUCUUGUGCCGACUGUUGGGCAGGAUGCUGUGUCUGCUGUUGCAACACAUGCUAGUUUUCUGUCCGCUGCUAAUGCUGGUACUGGAUAUUCUGCCUACGCAUAUGCUGUGCGAGUCUCAGAUCAAAUAGUGGUAUUGGAGAAGCAUCUUUUUUUGGUGCUGCUAGAGACAUGUAUGGGAGGCAGCCAACAAAGACGACGGGAGGCAGAAGAUAAACGUUCAAGUGAUAAGAAAUCUGACAGAUCUAGUGACAAGAAAUCAGAUAGAAGGACUUGAUUAGUUCAGCUUGCACAAUUGACAAGGAAGCUAUCAGCCUGUGAGAUCCAUCAAGAUGAAGAUAGAAUGUGGCUCCACCACAUUUCUAGGCUGUAUUUGUUUCUAGAUCUUACCAAUUUGUAUAUGAAUGAAUAUAGGGAGAGCCGGUUUUCAUGUCAGCCUUUGCUAAAUCAGAAAUUUUGAUGAGAACGGUUGUCUGCAAAGCUUGCUCCGUUCUUGCAGCAAAUUGAGUGUAACUAAAUUUUGAUGGAAGCUGCUGUAUUAUAGAAAUCCUGGUUGCUUUAUCAUGCCUACUUUUUCCC